AUGGCUGCCCUUCAAACUGUCGAAGUUCCACACCUAGGUGGCAUCAAAGCUGGAUAUGCCUUCUCUAAGGACCACUAUGAUCCUUCCAAGCCGACAUGCGUGCUCAUGAAUUCGAUGUGUAUGACCGUAUCUCUCUACCGUGAUCAAUUCAACAAUAGGGCUCUCACGGAUGCCAUGAAUCUUCUGGCCAUUGAGCCAUUAGGCCAUGGCUCUACCAGUUCUCCUUCGGAACACUUUACGUACUGGGAUUCUGCUCACAUGGCCUUACAGGUCAUGGACCACUUCGGGAUUCAGAAAGCGUUCGCCCUAGGAACAAGUCAGGGGGGGUGGAUCGUGACUAGGAUGGCUCUCCUAGCCCCAGAAAGGAUUCUCGGUCUCAUGCCCCUUGGAACCUCCAUGGAUUAUGAAUCCUUGGAUUCUCGGUCCAAGGGCUGUUGGGAUCCUGCUGCCAAUCUCAUGGUGUUUUAUGAGAAGUGGACCAGUCCCUCGGCUACGCCCGGCUUUAUUGUGGAUGAUGUCUGGUGUGGACUAGUAGGAGGAAUUGGGUUUGGUGCCCAUGCCGAUGAAACAAAAUCUGCGUUCUGGACUCAGACAUUGAAGGAAGUGUAUAAGGGUGAUGAGGGCCGGAAAAAGGUCCGAAUGGCACUCAAUUGCCUACUUGAGAGGGAUGGGCUCCUACUUCGGAUCGGGGAUAUUAAAUGUCCUGUUUAUUGGCUACAGGGAACUGAAGAUACUCCUUUUGGGAGGAUCGUUCCUGCGGAACAGAUUCAACGUUUCACCUCAUCUGUGGAGGCUAAAUUGGUGAUGAUUGAAGGGGGUGCACAUUAUCUGAAUGCCACCAAUCCCAAGGAGGUGGAUGAAGCCCUUCUAGAUUUAUUAGAAUACAAGACUAUCACGGUGCUGGCCUUCGUGACGGUUUGUCUUCGACUACUCGCCCGUUAUGAGAGGGCGCAAAAGCUGUGGUGGGAUGACUAUAUGAUCAUCUUUUCUAUGUUAUGGAACCUGGUCGUUGUCGGAUUCAUCUAUGCCAUGAUUCAAAAGGGAAUGGGUCUUCAUGCAAGCACUAUCCCUCCGGAGGACGUGGUUCUGAUUGCGAAGUACCUUGUUGUGGCCGAAGUCCUCUAUGUGUUCAACCUGGUUUGGACCAAACUGAGCAUUCUGCUCAUGUACUAUCGGAUCUUCCGCUUUCCUUACUUCAAGACAUGGGCAUACAUCAUUGGAAUCUUUGUUAUACUUUGGGUGAUCUGCAUAACCUUUCUCUUCAUCUUCAUCUGCGUCCCCGUCCAGAAACUAUGGUAUCCCCAGAUUCCAGGGCGGUGCAUCAAUCAGGUUGCUACAUGGGUUGCCAACGCCGUCUCAACGAUCGCAACCGAUGUUGCAAUUUUACUCCUUCCAAUUCCACAGGUAUGGAAGCUCCAACUUCGUAUUGAGGAGAAGAUAGCCGUUUCAAUUGCCUUCAGCUUGGGAUUCUUUGUCGUCUUCGCCUCCGCCUACCGUUUCUCGGUCCUCUUCAGUUACACCCCAACUGAUUCCUCCUACACUCUUGCCCCAACAGUUGGCUGGACCGCAAUCGAAAUGGCCGCCGGCAUCGUUUCCGCCAACCUCCCAACCCUCCGCCCUGCUUUCCAUUUCGGGGCACGCAUGCUAGGUAUCCAAGGUAGAGUUCUGGCUCUCUUUAGAAGUACAAACAGAACAACUGCCAAAUCCUCGGACAAUGUCACUCAGCCUUCAGGGGCAGCGGAAUCCACAGCUGCCAUCAUUCAGCAUACCAAGCAUCCGAAACGGCAUUCUUUCUAUCAAUUACCAGAUGAUCCUAACCCGGUAGGAGAACAGUCACGGAUGGAUACCUCGUUUAGGCCAGACUAUGAUAAUUCGAAGACCUACACCAAUGUGCUAGGUCCGAAGAUUGGUGAUCAUUCUGAUGGAGACGAGGUUCCUCUAACUGAGAUAAGAGUCAACAAAGAGUUCACCCAGACUACGCACUGA